AUGGAGGAUUCAAUGCCAAACGUCCAUGUUGGAGAAGUUUCAGACCUGAGCUCGGACCUGAGCCCGGACCCAGGCCUAUUUGAAUCCACCACGGAUCGAUCCAGUGGAUUCGUGUACGCUUCGGUGGAAAGUCUCAUUUACCCGUCCACCUGGGAUGACGAGGUCGAUAUCCAGACCUCGAUCGCCAAAGCCCGGGUGGACGGGUACGAGGUGGCCGGGGAUCGUGUGGAUAGCUUCGUGAAGCAGACACUGAAUGCUUUUCUCAGCCACUUGCCCAACCAGGGCAAGCUGGUGCUUUGUGAGGAGAUAAUGCGCUGUGCCAGCGAUGACCAGCUCUACGCGGUGUACUGCCAGCUAAAGGACUGUGUGCUCCUGCCAAUGCUCAUUCGGACCCCUGACGAUGAGGCGAAGCUGCAUGACAAGAAGCAGCGGCAGCUUCAUGAACAAUGCUUGAAUCGAGACGGAGAUGCUUGCGUGGCCACACGCAUUAUGGAUACGGUCAGAUAUCAUGACCAGUCGCAGCCGGAUGAGCGCGUGGAGGGACUUACUGACGCUGUCUACAUCGUCCCCCGCCCAUACGAGGAGUACCAUGGAUCUAUUGACGAAGAUUCUGGAUCUAUCUUGGUAAGUAGUGCCUGGCUGGCACUGCGACGUUACUUCCCUAGCACAGCUGGUGCUCUCGACCCGCGCACAGUCAGGUCGCCAGGAAAUAUGCUCACAUUAUGGGACGAGCUGGCCAAGGAAUGGGACAGGUUUGGAGUUUCCCUUGAGCCUACCGCUGUUUCGAAUCACUACAUCUUCAAAGUCCACCCUCGCUGUGAGGGGGACUUCAGCGAAUUAGCCGAUACGACUGUACAGAUGAAGCAGGGCGAUUCAGGGCAGACCAUCUCACUCCCACAUAUGGAGCUGAUUCGCGUGCAUCACAUCAUCGCCGCCAUCCUAGCGCAGUCUGGGAUCACUGAGUAUCUGCAGUCUAUUCUAUUCAAGCGGAAGAACAUGGACGCUAGAGAAGCUGAUUGA